AUGGCUCCGCGCAGCUCGGCGGCGACGUGCCUGUGGCUCGCUCUCGCCGCGGCCACCCUGGCGCUGGCCCAGGCACAGGGAGGAUCAGCGGCGGACCUGGAGAAGGUUACGGCCAAGACCUUCUUCGAUAUCCAGAUCGACGGCAAGCCUGCAGGCCGGAUCGUGCUAGGACUGUUUGGGGACACUGUUCCUAAAACAGCAGAGAAUUUCCGAGCACUUUGCACAGGGGAGAAAGGAAUGGCCAAGUCCGGCAAGCCUCUGUGGUACAAGGGAUCGACAUUCCACAGGAUCAUCCCAGGAUUCAUGAUCCAAGGAGGCGAUUUCACAAACGGCAACGGGACGGGGACUGAAUCCAUCUAUGGCAGCACGAUCUUCCCUGACGAGAACUUCAAGCUCAACCACAUUGAAGCCGGCACGCUGUCCAUGGCCAACUACGGGCCAGACUCCAACGGCUCCCAGUUCUUCAUCACCACUGUAGAAGAAAACAAGUUGCCGAAGAAGCUGGACGGGAAACAUGUUGUGUUUGGCAAGGUGGUGGAAGGGAUGGACGUCGUCCGCAAGAUCGAAGCUGAAGGCCAAACGACCGGCGUGCCCAAGGCCAAGGUCGUCAUAGUCAACAGCGGGCAGCUCACCUGA